ACUAGAGGAAAAAGGAGAAAAAAAUUAUUGCGAGAGCGAAAUAUAUGGCUGCUCACCUGGUGGUGCCUUCUUUCCAGCAACAGCAGCAGCAGCAUCCGCAACAGCACCAGCUCCACCUCCACCUCCAGCAGCAAAAGCGAGAAGAACACGAGCCCGAGCAGCGCAAUGGUGCCUGGCAUAACGCACCACCAGUUAUAGCUCCUGGAGCUGGCUGGCCAAUGGCUUGGAAGAGCCACCACCAAAGAGCAGCAGCACCGGGAGCAGCAGCGGUGGAUCAUGAGUCCUGGGAGGUGAGAGCGUUUGCCGAAGAUGCUGCAAGUUGUAGCGAGCAGUGGCCUCCUCGAUCCUACUCAUGCAGCUUCUGCGCACGGGAAUUCCGCACCGCUCAAGCUCUGGGAGGACACAUGAACGUCCACAGGCGCGAGAGAGCGUAUGCCAAUCAGCUCGGCCUCUUGCGCUCCUCCACCAACAAUCCAGCGUCUGCCAGUGCUCCGGGUGAUUCUUCUACCAGCGCAGCAGCACCUGCAUUGGGACUUUGCUGGCUCUAUCCUGUUCCAGCCCCAGCAAACGGCACCGGUGUCUGCCACCAAGUCCCCACUACUUCAACCGUCACCACCACGUCUCCGCAAAACAGCUCGGUCUCGAGACUCCAGCAGGUUGACAGCAAGAACCGUUUUGGGGCAUUUCCUCCAGCUCCGUCGUGUCCGGUUUCCACAAUCGACCGCAAAAAGAUGCUGCAGGACUACGACCCGAAUGUAGACCUGGAGCUUCGCCUGGGACAAGCUCUGUAAGGGAGGGAAGUAAGCUCAAUACGUUAUCGCAGCAGCUCUCAUAUACCGGCCAGCCGUAGCACACACGCAUCCGAUAGCAAGCACGCCAAGCAACUCCACGAAAACGAGCUCUUUGAUCCAAUCAGGUGACCACCAACAAGGGAAAGAGCAACUGCAAAAAAAAAACAGGAGAUAGGCAAUAAGAACACCCAGCAGACAGACACACAUUCAUUCAGGUACUACACUUUCCCUUCCCCUUUUUCUUCACUAUGCUGUUGCAAAAUCGAGAUAACAAGAGCUCAGCUCUAGUCUAAGUGUGCGUGUAUCAACGCAGCGAACGACAGAGUGAGGAAAAAAGAAGAAAAGCUACAAAAAGAAAAGAAAAAAAGCAACAAAAAAGAAAAAAAGGAAAGGAAAGAGAAGAAGAAAUGGUUGAUUGAUUGACGAGAUUAUUUUCUAACAUAACCCACAACCAAGUAUCCCAAGAACACAAGAACACAAGAAACAAAGCGAGAAGAAUUCUUUUCCACUGUGAUCGAUCGAUCGAUCAAGAUCGAGAUUUUUUGUCGAGCUGAAACUGUACAGAAUUACUGAAUAAAAACGGAUGUUGCCGGCUGCAAGAGCCUUUAUGACGUA